AUGAAUUUAAAGGAACAUUUAGACCAACAAAGGCUUGAAGGGCUUGUCGCAGAAACGACUCAAGAAGAGGCCCCUGAACAGCCGGAAAAGAAGGAGACGAGCAAAGAGAGAGCAGCCAGAAAGAGACGAAUGGCAGAGCAAAACCCUCACUAUGUCGCUGCAAAGCUUGCUGCAAAGCAAAAAGAGAUCCCACCCGAGAAACGACUUCGUAGAAGAAAGAGCAAUGAUUUUAGAGAGGUGGAUGAUAUGCACACUGCUGUAUAUUUCUUUGAAGAUGAAAUGCGCAAAGUGAAGCCCUAUUAUUUCGAGUACAAAUCAUUUGCAAAGGGUCGUUGGUUGGGCCGUACAUUGUUGGAUGUUUUUGCGUCCGAAUUUAGAGAUCGUAGCGAAGAUUACUAUCGCUAUGCAAUUGAAAGAGGGCUACUUACAAUCAACGGCAACCAUGUUACAGUGGAUGCAGUUCUCAAAAACGGCGAUGUGAUAGGACACAAGAUUCAUAGACACGAACCGCCUUGUACAGAUCAGCCCAUCAAGAUUGUUUAUGAGGAUCAAGAUCUCUUCGUUGUUGAUAAACCUGGAGGCAUGCCAGUUCAUCCAGCAGGACGCUAUAGACACAACACAAUUGUGCAUGUUUUAAAAAAGGAGCGCAAUAUACCCAAGCUUUAUCCCGCCAAUCGACUUGAUCUACCUACUUCGGGACUCAUGCUAAUCGCUAAAAAUUCAGCUCGUGCACAGAAAAUCGAACGAGAAAUGUCUGCUGGUCUUAUCAGAAAGCAGUAUGUGUGUCGUGUGGAUGGCAAAUUUCCAGAUAGUGAAAUUACGUGCGAGGCACCCAUCAAAUGUAUUUCGCACAAAAUGUCCAUCAACUACGUGCAUGAUGAGGGAAAGGCUUCCAUCACCAAGUUUGAACGUCUCAGUUUCAACGGCAAGACGAGUGUGGUCCUAUGUAAACCUUUGACAGGUCGCACACAUCAAAUUCGAGUUCAUCUCAGAUAUCUGGGAUAUCCGAUUUCCAAUGAUCCGUUGUAUGGCAAUGGCACAUCUUGGUCACCAUGGAUGCGACCCGGCGAAAGAAUGGUUGAAAAGGACGCCCGACUCUUGGUAGACAAACUCUUUGAAUACUCUCCUAUGGAGGAAUGGGAUGACCCUGAUUCAGCAGCAGCAAUAGCACCCACAACACUUGCUGAUGGAUCCAUAGAAGAAUUAGAUGAUACAAGAUGUCAAGAAUGCAGUGCAUCUCUUGUUUUUGGUAAAAACUAUGACCAGCUUUGCAUAUUUUUGCAUGCUUGGAAGUACUCUUGCAAUGGCUGGGAAUACGAAACAGAAUUGCCCUUCUGGGCCCAAGAAGAUUUCGAUGAAGACAAUGCUCCUGCAAAGUAUAAAAACUCGUUUAUCGAGAAUAAAUAA